AGGACCAAGAGGCAGACUUUAGUUACUAUGCCCUCAGCCUCUGGAACAGCCUGCCAGAGAACCUGAGCUUUUAAACUGUGAAAUUGUGGCCAUUUUUUAAAAUAGAUCUUUAACACAUUUUUAUCUUUGUUUUUCAACAGGGUGCUCUUAGUCUUUUAGUCAUUCAGUUAUUUUAGAUAAUGAAUGUUUUGUAUAUAUGAUUUUAUUACAUUUCAGCUUUUUUUAAUAUAUUUUUUUUACCAUGGAUUAGUCUCUACAGUCCUUGUUCUCUGCUUUUACUGUUUGAACUUCCAUGGUUGUUAUAGAUAGAUUGCUUGUCUCGUGGCCUUUUUGUUUUUAUUCAUUUACCUGUGAAGUGCAUUGCGUUGCAUCCAUGUCUGAAAUGUGCUAUAUAAUUAAAGUUUGAUUUGUUAACCCACUAAGCCUAGUUAGCUAGCUAGGAAUAUUCUGUCCGUAGAAUUAUAAUACAAAAUAGAAUUGAAUAGGAUCUCUAUGGCUCUGUCCAGCUGUGCAUGCCUUGGAAUCGCAACAGCCUACAAACUCUUGCUUUUUGGUUCAGUUUCCAAAACAAUGUAACCAAAUAACCAGUUACUUGGUCCAUACAGUAUAUGGUCAUGAUGACUUACUGUUUGUAGGUUGUGCAACUGCACUAACGAGCUUAACAAUUUUUCUCUCUCAAUAAUACCACAUAAGCCUUAUACACGUCUUCCAUUGUUAUUAACGUAUAGCUCCAUUUUAAGUAUUUCACAACAACCUUGAAUAGACAACAGUCUGGAAUAGCUAGUGUGGUUAAAUAUUUGUUGACCAAAUCAUAGCAAAUAUUCUGGUCACUCAGCCUAUUUGUAGUUUCAUCUUCAAGUUCUAGCCUGCCCUAGUGUGUGUCCCAGCCCUCUCAUCAUUGCUGCUGGUUCCUUAAUAGUGAUGCUCAAACUGUAAGAGGACAGGAGGUAAGGCUUUCCGGUCAGAAGGAGCCCAGGCUACUGUCACUGAUUGAGUUCUCUGGGGAGUUUAUGUUAGGUGUUUUGGCUAACCCUGAUACUGUUGUGUCCUGUCCAGUACAUCAGUUGUCCAUACCCAUCAACAGUCAUUUUCAGAUUGUGCGAGAGGUCGAAGAAGCGCUGCUCAUUGACUUGCCAUCAAAAGCUUGCAUUAGGAUACGGGUCAGAGGGGAGAAAGCCCUGGAGCUGAUUCUGGAGCUCCAGGAUGAUGAGCGCAGCCAGUCCUUCUUCUCCCAGUUGAAGAGAGCCAAGCAGCAAGUCGAGUCCAAAAGCACGCAAAUCAAAGCGAUGGAUCCUAUCAUGCCGGCUCCCUGCAAAGUCUCUGCCCCAGUCCCACCCAUCCCUCCUCAGAGAGGGAUCCACAAAGCUGUCAACUCUCACACCAAGCCCACCGGCAUACCGCCACCGCCUCCCAACCUCAACAACAGCUCUUCAGCCAACCAGACCGGCACAGCUGACAGACAGGACCCAGCUCUUUCUCUGGCCAUAGACUUUGGCUUCGAGGACAACUUCAAUCAUUCCCUCAAAGUGGAGGAGAAGAAGAACCAGCAGAAUGGCAUCGGGCCCCCCCGGGAAGCUCCUCCAGUUCCCCCUCUGCCUCCCCGUAAAGGCUCCUACACUCCCUCCAAUCCUCUCCCACCCACGCCCAUCCCCCCUUCCAAAGACAGAGUUUCGUCCAUACAGGCUAAAGAUGCCGCCUUCAUCACGCCUGCCAAAACAGAUCUUAGUGUUGACCGGCCCACCUCGUGGAGUGACAGCCCCACCACCAACAGCAUGCGGAACGCCAUGUUCUCCACUCAGGCCAGCCAGAGAGAGUACCUCAUCAAACACCGCCUGGCCAAGAAGGAGGAGGAGUACGUAGACAUCAAGGACUUCAGAUUAUUUUCUGGAACAUGGAAUGUGAAUGGCCAGUCUCCAGACAGCAGUCUAGAGCCCUGGCUGUGUUGUUCGCUAGAACCCCCUGACGUCUACGCUCUGGGUUUCCAGGAGCUGGACCUGAGCACGGAGGCCUUCUUCUAUCUUGACUCCUCUAAGGAGCAGCUGUGGGUGGAGGCUGUGGAGAGAAGUCUCCACCCCAAAGCCAAGUACAAGAUGGUGCGUACCAUCCGACUAGUGGGCAUGAUGCUGGUGGUGUUUGUCAACAAGGUGCACAAGAAUCACAUUAAAGAGGUUGCGGCGGAGCACGUGGGAACUGGUAUCAUGGGAAAAAUGGGCAACAAGGGAGGUGUGGCGGUGCGCUUUGUGUUCCACAACACCAGCUUCUGCUUUGUCAACUCCCACCUGGCGGCCCACGUCGAGGACUUUGAGAGGAGGAACCAGGACUACAAAGACAUCUGUGCCCGCAUGAGCUUCCACAUGCUAGACCACCCUCCCCUCAAUAUCGUCAAACACGAUGUAGUGAUCUGGGUAGGAGAUCUGAACUACCGGUUGUUUGUGUACGAUGCAGCUGAGGUCAAACAGCUCAUCUCCCACAACCAACUGAGGAAACUGCAGGAGUAUGACCAGCUAAAUAUCCAGAGACAGAACAAGCGAGCUUUCACAGACUUCAUGGAGGGAGAGAUCAAUUUCAUGCCCACGUACAAGUAUGACGCCAAGACGGACCGCUGGGACUCUAGUGGGAAGUGUCGUGUCCCAGCGUGGUGCGAUCGGAUCCUGUGGAGGGGCAGUAAUGUGAAGCAGCUCCACUACAGGAGUCACAUGGAACUGAAGACCAGCGACCACAAGCCUGUCAGCUCCCUCUUCAGUGUCGGGGUGAAGGUGGUGAACGAGGCGCGCCACAAGAAAGUCUUUGAGGAGAUCGUGCGCAUGAUGGACAGGAUGGAGAACGAAUUCCUCCCGUCUCUGGCACUGACCCACAGAGAGUUCACCUUUAAGGACGUCAAGUUCCGCCAGCUGCAGCGGGAGAGUUUUGUGAUCUCUAACGACGGGCAGGUCGCCUGCCACUUUGUCUUCAUCCCCAAGCUCAACGACUUGCAGUACUGCAAGAACUGGCUCCGCGCUGAGCCCAGCGAAGGCUUCCUAGAGCCCAACGAAACUUUAGAGAUCUUCCUGGAUGUGUACGUGAGCAAGGACACGGUGACGCUGCUCAACUUGGGAGAGGACGCCAUCGAAGACAUCCUGGUGCUGCACCUGGACCGAGGCAAGGACUAUUUCAUCACCAUCUCAGGCAACUACCUGCCCAGCUGCUUCGGUACCUCGCUGGAGACCCUGUGCCACAUAAAGAAGCCCAUCCGGGAGGUCCCCAUCACCAAGCUCAUUGACCUGGGAGAGGACAGCUACAUGGAAAAGGAGAAGUCCAGGGGUAGCUUCCUGAUGGUGGACAGUGCCGGCACAGAGGACAAGCCCUUAAAGAUUCCCAAGGAGGUGUGGCUGCUGGUGAACCACCUCUUUACUAUGUCCUGCCAGCAGGAGGACCUGUUCCAGACACCGGGCCUGCAGGAGGAGCUGCAGAGUGUCAUCGACUGCCUGUGCACCAGCAUUCCUGACUCCAUCCCUGGUUGUAACCACUCGGUGGCCGAGGCCCUGUUGAUAUUUCUGGAAGCUUUGCCUGAGCCAGUGGUCUGUUACGAGCUCUACCAGCGCAGCCUGGACUGCUCCCAUGACAGCCGCCUCUGCAAACAGUUGAUCUCCCAGCUGCCCCGGGCUCACCGCAACGUGUUCCGCUACCUGAUGGCCUUCCUCAAGGAGCUGCUGAAAUAUGCCCACAACAACAACCUCACUGCCAACCUCAUAGCUACCCUCUUUGCCAGCUUGCUCAUCCGGCCCCCGCCCAACAUGGUGGGCCGACAGACAGCGCAGGACCGACAGAGAGCCAUCGACUUCAUUCUGGGCUUCCUCAUGGGAGGGGACGAGGAGUGAGGGGUCAGGGGUCAGGGAAUCAGACAGCCUGGACCUUUUGAUGACAGACUGAGGAAUGGGGUUUUGGUGGACACAAGGUGUAUGUAUGUGUGUAAGGGACCAUGGUGGAUUGUGUUGUGGGAGAACAAACAGUGCAAUUAUAUGGGACCCUCUCUUAUCAUACUCUUAUCAAUGCCCCAGCCCCCAGCCUUUGUAGUUCUGUGCUUCAGUCACUCACAACCAUCACCAUUAACCAAAUCCCAUAGUUUUCACCUUUGCUCAUUGUGUGGCUGCAGGACCAGGAGUUUAGGUGUUGGCAGCUUGGAGUGACCGUGAACAGUCAACUAACUGACGCUCCACUCUCCAGGCAACCCCUCCCCCAUGCCCCAUUCAACCCCCACUGAGGACUGUUCCGUGCCCCAUUCAACCCCCACUGAGGACUGUUCCGUGCCCCAUUCAACCCCCACUGAGGACUGUACCGUGCCCCAUUCAACCCCCACUGAGGACUGUUCCGUGCCCCAUUCAACCCCCACUGAGGACUGUUCCGUGCCAAAACGACUCCUUUUACCUGAUUUGAAUGUGAACUCUGAAUGGAAGUACAAUAUGUAUGUAUGAACCCACAGAUACUAAGAUAAUGAUGAUCCGUUAGUACGUUACACUAAAGAUACACAUAGAGGGUCGUGCAGAAGAUUUGGAUCGCAUUCUACCUGGUGGAUACACCUCAGAGUGAACGAUUCAACCCAUGGGUACGUAGUGAUAUUGGACGCAAGAGACUUCUGGUGAACACCGAGAGACUAAAUGAAUCCUUGCUUGUCCGAAAUACCGACCAAGGAAGUUUGACGUUCUUCUACAAGAUAAUGAUGACAAUCCGGAGCAGUCCUUUCUGGGAUCUGGGAGACAUAUUGGGAGAUGUGUUAGAACUGUCAGUGGGCUGUGGUUUAAACAAAUGUUAUUUAUGAUUUAUAUUUUUUCCUUACAUAACUUUGUACCAUCUUUUAGAGUUUAUUUCAACUUCAUACUUGUUUUAAGAGACCAGAUUUUGGAUAUUGUUUGACCGCCCAUGGUUGUUCAAGCCUACCUUUUGCUUCUGGCAUACUGAAACACGUGCUGUUCAAAAUCAGUGAAGGUGUGUUGGGGAUUGUGUGUAACUUUAAUCUUGAGUGUUAUCGUGAGUUAGGCUGAUUUCUCCAUUCAAGUACAUUACAACUCUGAACCCAAGUCACACUAACUUCACAGUAGAGUGAUCAGUCAUCCCUCCUGCUUGUACAGUAUAUGCUAUUCUACGGGCCAGUUUCUCAGACCCAGAUUCAUCUUAUUGGAGAGUAACAUUCUCGAUUGAGCAUGCUUUUUUUUAGUUCAAGAGUGGUUCAAUGUGGUUGUCUCACCCAGCUAUCUUAAGAUGAAUGCACUAAUUGUAAGUCGCUCUGGAUAAGAGUGUCUGCUACAUGACUAAAAUGAGUCGGCUUUUAAUCUGAGUCCGGGAAAAACCCUCCCUACAGUGUGCUACAGAACAUAACAAAGACAAACCCACUACGGCAUCGAUGUCUUAACUGUUGCAAACAGUCCCUCUCCUGUCCGCAUUGACCUCUUGUGUUUUUUUUUACUCUGCUGUCACCUCUUAAUAUGGUGGUGCAAACUGUGUGUUCAAUAUGUAUGUAUUGUUUGUUGGUCAUGCAGGUACCAUCGUUUAACUUUUCCUCAUGCUUGUUUAUAUUUUCUUUCCUCGCUUCAGCCUCGUUGUCUGCCUCGCUGUCUGCCUUCAUACUGGUUAGAGCCUCAUUGUAUUGGGCCUGUGUGCUCAGGCAAGGGCCUUUCUUGUCACAGUCGAUUCAGACAAUAUAAUGCCCUGUUUUACUGUCUGAGUUUCAUCUAAAGUAGCACCCUAUACCCUAUAUAAUGCACUACUUUUGACCAGAGAGCGCUGGUCAAAAGUAGUGCGCUAUAUAGGGAAAAGGGUGCCAUUCCGGACGCACCCUAAUACUUUUUUCAGUGGCAAAGCAUUUUUUACAGUGCAGGUUGAACAGGAUUUAGAUGUUCAUUACUCCCCGCUGAGACAAAACAGUUUUUUCCCUAAUGCUGUCGUGGAACGUGUUAUGGUUGUGAAACGAGGAACUCUAAUGCUGUGACAUUUCUACAGUGUUUCUUCCCUUUGUUUUCCACACUGUCGUCUAGUAACGUUAGUAAUAAGGUGUCAAAACAGCUCCUGGCUGGCCUGUUGUGUGGCACGGUUGGUCUAUGACACUUGUUUCCACUGGAAACGUUUCCCUUUUUUAUGUCUCCAGUCAACUAAUCUAGCCUGAAAAGCCUGUUACUUAGUCAACAGACAUGUACUGUAAUCUAGCCAAAAAAGCCUGUUACUUAGUCAACAGACAUGCACUGUAAGGACGAGCCUGGUUCCAUAUACUUUAUGUGCUGUAGCAAACCCCUCUAUGGUUGUCAUGCCACAUGUAAGGUGUGACAGCAUUGAAGAUUUGCCAACACCAAACACACUAUAGGUCCAGGCUACUAUAGGUCCAGGCUACUAUAGGUCCAGGCUACUAUAGGUCCAGGCUACUAUAGGUCCAGGCUACUAUAGGUCCAGGCUACUAUAGGUCUAGGCUACUACAGGUCCAGGCUACUACAGGUCCAGGCUACUACAGAAAAGGCAUUCAACGUUUUAAAGUGUUUUAAUAUUGCAUAAUCUCGUAGCUAACACAAUGACUGGCUGUUAAUCAAAGCACUUAACAGUUUGGUUGUCUCUGUCAGCUCUCACCCAGAGAGGAUUUUGAGUGGAGUAGGCCCAAGUCUUAUGUAACUUCCUGACUGCAAUCAUCCGUACAGUACAUUCUAAAAUGGGCCAGAUGCGCUUGUAGCGUUCUUCAGAGUUGUCAUAGACUUAAGCGCUUAGCUUUGCCAAACCAUGAUUGGCCCUGGAUGGAUUGGUACUACCUGUUGUCUCGGACUCUAACCGAGGAGGAACAGUGAAUCUCUGAGAUUGUCAUCUCAUUCACAACACAAAGCUUUUACAUCAGAGACAAGGUCAACCCCAGCUGCAGAGAUAUUGUCAGAAUUUAAUAUUCAAAUUGGGAGAUCAGCCCACACUCAUGUUGUCCUAGCUGUCCCUUCAUCUGUGGUCUGUCUGUGUUUUCAUGUGUUGUCUUUUCCUGCUCUGCUCCCCUUCAUACUGUGGCUUUUGUAAUGGUCUGUUUAGUAAUAAUGCUACAUGUGCACAGCUGUUUUUGGUAUUUUUUAUUUAUUUAACUGAAAUAAAAUAAUGUAUGAAAAAAACA